AUGGACGAGACAGAGGUUACGCGGGCGGCAUGGAGGACCUUGUUGACAUUCCCGCCACCGGGGCCCUUGUCGACAACUACGAGCCGGCGUCCCAAUCCACCCAGCCCCCCACCCCUCCUCUCCUCGCGUUCCUUUUUGCGGUCUAUCUUGCUCUCUUACUCUUCGACACCCGCCUUCAAACACCACUUCAACGCAUCCACCAUCACUCCCCAGUCGCACGGCAUCUUUCUGUCCAACACUGCCAGCGCGGACACCCUCUUCGCCGCUUAUACAGCCUCCAUGGGCACGCUCUCAAUCUCUCGAUCUUCUCCGUCCUGGGGGCCGUCAUCGCACAGUCCGAAGUUGCGGUCGCGUGCCCGCGUGAGAGCCGAUGUGGGCAUAUGGGUUCCGCCUGUGUUGCGGUUCCUCUUGAAGGGCGACCAAACAGGAGCUAGAGCAGUACACGCCCACCCCGGCAUCAGCAUCAAACGAGUUUUCGCCCACCCUGUACUCGGUCGAGGAGGCAAAGCCGGCGGCGCCUGUGCAGCGCACGAGCUUGUCGUUGGCCUCGAACAGGCGCGUGGACCAUCCAGAGGAGGCCCACUACCCGCUGCAGCCCAAUCUGCUCCGCUAGCAGCUGCCCUACUCGGCCGAGUCGCCAUUGAGGCGUCUGCCGUUCUCAGGGCGCUCGUCGGGCGACGGCCGCUUCCGCAAAGCGUCGUGCCCACGGGGAGCACAACGGGCGUGCUCAGCAACGACUCGGAGGUCGCAGAGGGCUCCGAGGACGCCUGGAUGGAGCUCAAGCCCUACCUCAAGGCGCAGACUGUUUCGAGCAUCAUCAAGAUUGUGUCCAGUAUCGUCGCUGUCUGCCACAACAACCUCCCGCCCGCGUCGGUGCAGCAGGGGAACGACAUCCUGCGCGAGCUCAGCAACCACAUGAACAAGCUUAGUGAGGUCCAGGCCAUGUGCAACACUCCCACGACGCAACCUUGGACAGGUGUGACUCCGCGUGGCAGCAUUUUCGACGUCGAGCUCGGAAGCGUGUUUCCUGUCAUUCCCAUCCCUAUCCCCAUCUCUAUGCCCACGCUCAUCUCUCCAUCUGUCUUCUCGUCGUCCAUCUGGAAGCCACGCUCGCUGUCGGCCUACUGCUGA